AUGAGGGAACCCGAUAAGGAUCCUUGCUACGAAUCAACCGGAAAACCUGUCAGAUGUGUCCCCGAAUUCAUAAACGCAGCUUUUGGUAAACCAGUCACUGCUUCGAACACUUGCGGUAUGGAUGGGCCCUCGAGAUUCUGCACCAUCAGCGCAGGCAAUGAUGGAACCGUGCGAGAAACCUGUGAUGUGUGCGAUGCCUCGAAACCUCAACACUCUCAUCCAGCAUCGCUAAUCACCGAUUUUAACACGCCGGGUAACAUGACAUGCUGGAUUUCAGAACCAUCACCAAAGCCCCAAAACGUAUCGCUCACGUUGUCUCUUGGAAAGAAAUUCGAACUAACAUAUAUAUCCAUGUACUUCUGCUCACGUCUACCUGACUCCAUGGCAUUGUUUAAGUCAACAGAUCACGGAAAAACAUGGAUUCCUUUUCAAUACUACUCGUCUGAUUGUUUAUCCAUGUUUGGAAGAUCACCUGAUGUAGCAAUAACUAAACAUAACGAGCAGGAAGCGCUGUGUACCAACUCACACACAGUGGCCCCUAUAACGAAUCGGGUCGCCUUUCCAUUCCUUGAAAAUCGCCCAUCAGCAAUAUUCUUCGAAUCCUCUCCUGUUCUUCAAGAUUGGGUGACAGCAACUGAUAUUCGUAUUUUAUUCACUCGCCUUGGUUCGGACCAGAAAAAUUUAUUUGACGCAUUAAAUGAUGUAAACGGUGAGUUCAAUAGCUCAACCGAUAAUAGCACCAAGGAUUUUUUUUAUGCAAUGGGAGAGUUGGCUGUUGGUGGUAGAUGUAAGUGCAAUGGUCACGCCAGUCGUUGCAUAUUCGACAAAAUGGGCAAAUUUAUCUGCGACUGCAAGCAUAAUACUGCUGGAACGGAGUGUGAAACUUGCAAACCUUUCCACUUCGAUCGUCCGUGGGGACGAGCAACAUCUCAGACUGCUAAUGCCUGCGUAGCAUGUAACUGCAAUAUGCAUGCAAAAAGAUGUCGCUUUGAUCAGGAACUCUACCGGCUGAGCGAAAAUAGGUAG